AUCUAGAAGAGGCCACCCCGACAGGGUGUGUGUCCUGGGGCUGUUCCCUGCCUGGACGACACAUGACUGCGUGACGGGUUCCCUCUGUGCGCGACCACUCCUGCGCUCCCAGCCUCCUCGCUCUACCGCGCACUCGCAGCUCCCUAGCGACACCAGCCAUCAAGCUAGGGGGUGGAGAGAGUAGGGGUGCGCAAGUGGGAGGCCUCUCCUUUGGGAACCUGGGAGAUCCCUGCCGCCAGGAGGGGCCGUGCCACCGCCCGCGCGGGGAACCAAGCUUCGAUCCAGCGCCUUCCCAACUUGUUGGUGCCCUCAGACCAAAGCGGUCGGGAUGGAUCGGUCGUCCCGCAGCCGGCCACUGCUGGACUCGUCGUCGCUGGACAGCGCUUCCCUGACCUCGCUAGACUCCAGCGUCUUCUGCAGCGAAGGCGAAGGGGAACCCUUGGCUCUGGGGGACUGCCUCACGGUCAACGUGGGCGGCAGCCGCUUCGUGCUCUCGCAGCAAGCUCUGUCCUGCUUCCCGCACACUCGCCUCGGCAAGCUGGCCGUGGUGGUGGCCUCCUACCGCCGCCUGGGCGCCCUGGCUGCCGCUCCCAGCCCCCUGGAGCUUUGUGAUGAUGCCAACCCGGUAGACAACGAGUACUUCUUCGAUCGCAGCUCUCAGGCGUUCCGCUAUGUCUUGCACUACUACCGAACCGGCCGUCUGCACGUCAUGGAGCAGCUAUGCGCUCUCUCCUUUCUUCAGGAAAUCCAGUACUGGGGCAUCGAUGAACUCAGCAUCGACUCCUGCUGCAGGGACAGAUACUUCAGAAGAAAGGAGCUGAGUGAAACACUUGACUUUAAGAAGGACACAGACGACCAGGAGAGUCAACAUGAGAGUGAACAGGACUUCUCACAAGGACCUUGUCCCACGGUCCGCCAAAAGCUCUGGGAUCUCCUGGAGAAACCUGGCUCUUCCACAGCAGCGCGCAUCUUUGGAGUAAUCUCCAUCAUUUUUGUGGCAGUUUCCAUCGUCAACAUGGCGCUGAUGUCAGCCGAGUUAAGCUGGCUGAACCUGCAGCUACUGGAGAUCUUGGAGUAUGUGUGCAUCAGCUGGUUCACUGGAGAGUUCAUUCUGCGCUUUCUGUGUGUAAGGGACAGGUGUCGCUUCCUCCGGAAGGUACCAAACAUCAUAGACCUCCUUGCCAUCUUGCCCUUCUACAUAACUCUUCUGGUGGAAAGUCUGAGUGGCAGCCACACUACACAGGAGCUGGAAAAUGUGGGGCGCCUGGUCCAGGUUUUGAGGCUCCUCAGGGCUCUGCGCAUGCUCAAGCUGGGAAGGCAUUCCACAGGCUUGCGCUCACUUGGGAUGACAAUCACCCAGUGCUAUGAAGAAGUUGGCCUACUGCUCCUGUUUCUUUCUGUGGGGAUUUCUAUAUUUUCAACAAUAGAAUACUUUGCAGAGCAAAGCAUUCCUGACACAACCUUCACAAGCGUCCCUUGUGCAUGGUGGUGGGCCACAACAUCCAUGACUACAAAUUCUCUAAGCCUGGAGGAGAGGGAUUUGAUGAAGAUAUCCCAUUUAGGACUGAGAGUUCCAAAGCCUCAUGCACUAUGAACAUUUUCUGACUGUUGGUCUCUGUAUUUGUUCCAAUCUACUGCAAAAGGAAGCGUCUCUGAUGAUGACUGAACAAGGCAGAAGAUUAUGAAUAAAGCAGAAUACCACUAAAAGUUAUAUUUUUUGCUACAUUUCUUAAGCAAAACAGUAGUAUUUUAUGUUUCCUUUAGGUGUCUGGGCUAUUAGGUCUCUGGUUUUGGGUUGGUUCCAUCUCAUGGGAUGGCCCUUAAGUAAAAUCCGAUAUGGUUGAUGUAGUUUGGAUUACAGUUCUACUUUUAUUUCCAAAGGGAGUAGCACUAUUAGGAGUUUUGCAUUUGUUGAAGUGGGUGUGGCUUGACAUAAGAAGUGUCUCACUUGGGGCUUUGAGGUCUCAGAAGCUCAAGUCAGGCCUAGUGGCUCAUGGCCUCUUUCUGCUGCCUGAGUAUUAAGAUGCAGAACUCUCAUCUACCUUUCCAGCACCAUGUCUGCCUUCAUGCCAUCAUGUUUCCCUUCAUGAAGACAAUGGACUAAGCCUCUGAACUACAAGCAGGCCCCAAUUAAAUGUUUUCCCUUUUAAGAAUUGCCAUGGUCAUAGUGUUUCUUCACAGCAAUGGAAAGCUUAACUAAGAUAGUUGCUUACUCUCACAAGCUUCAUGCCACUAUUAUACUAGCAAAUCUUUCAGGCAGCUCAUCAUUUUAGAUUGACAAUUCUGUAACUGGGAUGGUUUUUACAUUUUUUCCUUGGUAGUACACAGAGUACCUUCCAGUAGCAUAUACACUGUCCAUAGUGGUAAAGGCACGAGGUAGGCACCAGAUCAAUUUCUCUGUGUUCAAUGAAUUGUGUUGGUGUUGUCUUCAUCUAGAGGGCCUUACUGUCAGUUUGUGGAGUACAGCCAAGAAAACAAAUA